AAACAUCGAUCAUCGAAUGGAAUUGACAUGUUUGACAAAAUAUUUUGUAACUAACCUCAAACUCGAACUUCGUACUUAUACUCAACUUUAACAAAAAAUCAUAUUUUAAACAAAAUCUUGGACAAUCUUGAUAGUUGUGUUAAUUAUUUGAUAUGAUACUUGAUGUUGUUCCUGGGGUAAUGAGUUGCCAUAUAACUUAGACAGUGACAAAGUGAGAGGAACAAGAAUAAGCUCACAGUAAUUUGACAACUAUAAAAUGGCAAAGAAUGGUAUGUGGAUCUCAUCCACUUCAAGCCUGUUGCAUGGUGUGCAGACCAUAAAUAAGAUUGACAACCAGAAGUUUCCGUUCGUUUUGAAUAGAAUCGUCCAGUUUCUGCAGAGCCCAACAGAGGCUGGUCGGCCGUUUACCGCUGACGAGGAAGAAAAGUUGAUUUCAACUCUUGAAGGCAUUGAGAACGCCGAUGACUUGCAAUCAGUCCUUGAAACGUCCACUUUCAUUUUCAGUCAGGCUAUCUACCAUCUAACCAAACCGGCUGUUCUACAGAAAGAUCUCAUGAGUGUUUUGCAAAUGACCGUUGAAAAAGCGGAAGCAUUCGCCACUGUUUGGACCAAUUGCGCCAAGUGCUUAGUCGACAAAAUAAGACAAAAGUCAAUACAGCCUGUUCAGCUGGAAAACGUGAAUUGGAUGCUGAACGUAACUGGCAGCUGCAGUACGAAAGGCAUCGUCAACGAGCCGAGAGCUGUGAUCGAGUUGCAGUUGAAAGACGAGAGCAGUGCAGGGGGCACAGGGGGCACCUCCAACAUAGUCAUGGACUUGAACCAUAAACAACUCUGCGCUCUCUACGAUACUUUGGAAACAAUACAGACCGCACUGGAUAAUCUGAGAUGAGAAAUCACUUCAGGAAUUUAGAAUAAAUUGUAUAAAAACAUAUUAUGAUGUAUUUUCCACUUGAAUAGUUUUUUUUUGUUGAUAAAAAUUAGGUUUCAAUACUAAAAGCAUGAUGAAUUUGAAUUUUGAGUCAAUAAAACUAUUCAAGUUGAAAAUACAAUAUAUUGGUUAGACUAUUACUCUAUGUUUGUAUUUCAUUAUUGAACUAUUCUAGGCCUAUAUCUCUGAUAACGUUAACGUAUCUCUGAUAACGUAUGUCCUCAAUUAUUGAUUUUCAAAUUCAUAUUAAUCGUUCACACACUAAGGACCAUGCACCAUGCACCAUCUAUUUCAUAGUGUUACAUUCAAAGUUUAGAGCAUAGCAGCGGAUCCCAUUCAAUUAAUCUCCAUUUAAAAUCUGAUCAAAAGUCUUUCUUGUUGUGAUACAAGUUAGUUUGUAUAAAAUACAAAUCAAUUUGUAGCAAAAUCAAAUUAUUUUGCAGUUUUAAAGUGUUACUAUUUUCCAAAUUUUGAAGAAAGUACAAAUCAUACUUUGAAAAAUGCUUCUAGCCGAAUAAAUAACGGCGGUGCUAGAUUGUAUGAAAUUAUGAUUUUACAAAUUUAUAAUUUCACUACAAUCAUUAUGAUAGUGUAAAUAUAAUUAGCUGUAUGCGUAGAAGCAGUUUUUAAUAUAAUUUUGUGAAUACCAUGAUUUGUAUUGAAAGAAAAUUGAAAUUUUCAAAUUAUAAUAAAGUUAUUAU